AGGGUCAUUGUCAUCACCAGAAAUAAAAUAAAUUUAAGGGGGAAAGACAACGACUAUCACUUUCAUACUUUUUAUCGAAGGUUUUGUCCAAUUAAUUACAACCAUGGAUUCAGAUGAUGAAAUAGAGGAGGCCGCGAAAUGGGAAGGAAGCCCAGGUACUAUUGUACUUAUUAACGCUUUGGAAGACUCGAGUACAAUUAAAGUUGCACAUGAAGCAACAUGUUUGCUGAUUAGGCAGUAUUUGAGAUCAUCGAGCUCUCACAAUAUAGGAGUUAGCAUUUACGGCACAGAUCAAACACAAACAGACUUAAAUUCUAACAAUAUUAUUGAUAUAAUUUCUAUGGAUACCCCAACCCUAGAAGGGUAUAAAAAAUUACGCGCAAUGGAUAUUGCAUCUUAUGGCAAAGCCAAAGAAUAUGUUUUAUCGGAGGUUUUAUGGCACUGUAGUAAAAUAUUUAAAGACUACAAAAAGAAGCUGUCAUCACAAACUAUUCUUAUUUUAACAAAAUUACUUAAUCCACCAGUAACAACAGAUCAAAAAAGAACUCUUGAUAGAGUUGUAAAUUUAGUUGGAUCCUACACUAAGAUCACAAUUAUCAAUAUUUCACCAGAUGAUUAUCCAAUAGACAAAUUCUACAAAGAAUUGUUGAUUGAUAUUAAUAAAUCUCAGGAGUACACUUUGCCACAAGCGGUGUGGAAUCCAAAUGUAAUACAGAAUAUGAUGUAUCAACAAUCUCAUCGGCACUUAGCUGUUGCAAAAUUGUCUUUUGAAAUUGGUCCAGGCUUUUCAAUAGGUGUAGGUGUUUACAGCUUAUUAGGAAAAUCAAACCAGUCAUAUCUCAAAACAUCAAAUAUAGAUGCAAAAACAAAUGAAACAGUCACAAGAGUGACAAUGAGAUCAAAACUCACAGUUAACCCUGGAGACUCUCAAAAAGUAAGUGAUGAUGAUGUUAGUGGAGACUCUAAAGAGCUUCCCUUAUUGGAUUCAGAACUAUUGUUCUGUCAGGAAUAUGGUGGUGAAAGAGUAGAAUUCACUAAAAAAGAAAAGGAGGAAAUGAGUAAUCCCUUUGGACCUCCAAUGUUAAAAUUAUUAGGUUUUAAACCUGCUAUAAAAUUGUGCAAAGAGAAAUGGUUUCUGAAAGCUGGAUAUUUUUUAUACCCAAAUGAAUCUGUUAUUGAAGGAUCUACAGUACCUUUCAAGGCUUUGCAUAAAGCUUGUGAUGAGAUGAAAACUGUUGCUAUAUGUAUGUUGUGCUCAAGAGCUAAUUCAAGGCCAAGUAUAGUAGCUCUUGCACCUUGUACCAGGCCUCUGGAUUUGGAAAUAGAAAUUGGUUUUGAUGUUAUUCACAUACCAUUUGCGGAAAAUGUAAGAGAAAUACCUCAACUUGAUGAUGAAUCUGAUAAACCAAUACUUCAAAAAAAACAGAAAGAAGAAAUGAAUAACAUAUUGAAUAGUUUACAAUUUAAUUACAAAGCUGAUAUGUUUGAAAAUCCAAAGUUACAGUCACAAUACAGGGCCAUAGAAGCCAAAGCUUUACAAGAAACAUCUCUUGAGCCCUUUGUUGAUUCAACAAUACAAAAGCCUGAAGUAUAUCAGGUUAUAAGGGAAGAUGUAUUUGAAGAGUUGUUUGGACCUUUUGGGGUAUUGUCAAUAAAAAGAUCAUGCAAUACUGAUAAAAGUAACACAAUUAAAAAAAUAAAAACUGAAGAUAUUAAUGAAACAUUGGUUCAGGACAUGGUAAUAAAUAAAUCUGUUGAUAAAUUAACAGUCGCUCAGAUAAAGAAUAUAUUAAAAGAAAGAAACAUUACCUUCUCAAAAAGUCUAAACAAAGCUGAUCUUUGUGAGCUGGUUUAUGAAAACUGCACUUCAUAAUCAAUGUACAAUU